UGGUAAUAAAACCCUGCACCCAUUAGUCACUUGUAACGUGCUUCAGACGUAGAAGGGUGAGGUGACGUUGAGCGAUUCAUAAGCACGGAUAACGUAGGUCCUAGCUACAGUCCUCAAACCUCACGAGACGGGUCAGAAGGAGGUCUCUACCUCCCCCCGUUUGGGUGAAUCAGUCCAGGACAUUGAUGCCUCCAGGAACACGUUCGGAAUCCAGAUGGCCUUUGACAAGAAUAGAAGGAGCAUUCUUCAUGCGAGCUGACACAGUCACGAGCGUACAGAAAACGUGCUCAAAGCCCCUCGCUCCUGCUGACCAAACAAGCACCUUGAUGUCAACUCGCACCUUCUCCGACACGGCCCAAUGCAGAUUCUGAACUUCACCCUGCCGCUAGGUCUCGGCUGGAUGGUGUCUUCUGCGCAAACCAGGCUAGAUUCGAUUCAGCAAGCCUUCCUUCCGACGCCCAACAACACAGCGACAACGACGGCAAUCAUGGCGUACACGCUCCCCAAGCUACCCUACAGCUACGACGCCCUUGAGCCUCACUUCGACGCCGAGACCAUGGAGAUCCACCAUUCCCGGCACCAUCAGACCUACGUCAACACCCUGAAUGCCGCCCUUGAGGGCCAAUCCGACUUCUCUGCCCUGGCUGUUGAUGACCUCAUUACCAAGCUCGACCAGGUCCCAGCGGACAAGCGCGGCACCGUCCGCAACCACGGAGGCGGGCAUGCCAACCACUCCUUCUUCUGGAAGAACCUCAAGACCAAUACCACGCUGGGUGGUGACCUCAAGUCUGCAAUCGAGAAGGACUUUGGCUCCGUCGAGGCCUUCCAGAAGGAGUUCGAGACCGCAGCUACCAAGGUCUUCGGUUCUGGGUGGGCGUGGCUCGUUCACGAGGAUGGAAAGCUCAAGGUUGUCACGACUGCCAACCAGGACAGCCCGCUGAUGCCGAAGUCUAUCUCCGGUGCCUCGGGGUAUCCAAUCAUUGGGCUUGACGUGUGGGAACAUGCGUACUACUUGAAGUAUCGCAACAAGCGUCCCGACUACAUCAAGGCGUACUGGAAUGUGGUGAAUUGGGAUGAGGCGAGCUCGAGAUAUGAGCAGAAAAAGUGACGGUCAACAACGUACCAGACGUGCAGUGGAUCGAGACAUGCACAAAGUAUAGCUUCACUCGACGAGAUAUCUACCAAUGUAUACCCGUGAAACAUAAUCUAGCUCUAUCAUGUAUCUCUUGUGUAAUCGCUCGUCUGCCUCCAUUGACGCCCAAAUUUCAUCACAAACCCUGGCACGGGAGCCAAAAGCAUGGAAAGAGCGGCCAGGACCGAAAGACCGAAGCCGUAUCCCAAGCGCUCCACAAGCGGAGCAGCGGCCAAGGGAAGGAAGGUUCCCAUCAGGCAUCGCGUGAUGAGUACCGCAGUCAUGGCCGAGGCAGAAUAUGA